AUGGGUUUCAUGGAGUAUGUAGUCGGUGCUCAAAUUGCGGCAAAGGCGAGACCGCCGCCACCACCACGACGGCGAUCGCGAUCUCCCCAAAGAAAGUUGGUUGUCCACGUCGAAACCUCCGAAUCAGAGUACGAGACCUCUUCAUCCGACGAAUCCCUGAGUCGGAAAUCGAAGGCCAAGGUUGAGACGAAGGAGGGGAAAGUGGGGAAGAAAGUACGUUUUAUCGAGGAGGAAGACAAGCCGAAGUCGUGCUUGAAGAAAAGCUCCGGGGAUUCGAAAUCGGAGAGCAGUGGCGAGGACUCUGGAAGUGAAUGCAAUUGCAAGACUUGUGACUCGCCUAAGACUAAGGAGAAGCUAAACAAGGAGCAUUCGAAUAAGAAAGGCGGCAAAGGUGAAGGGCAGAAUUCACAAAAUUCUAGCAACAAGCAGGGGAAAAACCAGAACCAGCACCAAAAUCAAAACCAAAACCAAAACCAAAAUCGGGCCAACAACCAAUCUCAUGGUGGUAACGGCAAUUCUGGCUCGAACAAUCAGGGCAAUAUACAACAGCAGAGAGGACGGAAUCAAGGCAACAAUCAACAGCAGAGCAACGCAAACCAACCUACGAACCGACCCAAUUCCUCACAACCCCGUCAGAACAGCGUAGCCUUUCCAAGAGCCGCAGCAAUGGGCCGAAUCCUAAUGUCAUCAAGAGCCAGCGUCGUUCUUCGAGAGGACGUGAUGGAAUGCCCUUCCGAUCCACGUCCAAACGCGUUUUUCGACCCAAACACGAGUGUUCUGAGAGUCUACCAUGGCCCAGUCUACGGCAAUCCAUAUGCUACACUUGUUCCCCACGGACUGCCAAUUGGAACUGGUCCUCCCCAUGCUAGCCAGUUCGGCCCGCCUCCUCAAAUGAAUGAUGGUCCCAUGUAUGGCAAUGGAUACAGUUCAGGUGGGCUGUCGAUGAACAAUGGCAACAAGCAAUGGGGUGGAUCUCCAACAACUCCUCAGCAGCAAAAUCAACAACUUCAGCAGCGAAACUCCCAAGCCACAAAUCAAAACAACAUGCAAAAUCAGAAGUCACCUACAAAUAGCGGUUGGGUCACAGUCACACCACAAGAAGCCGAUAACAUGGCCAAAGGUGAGAUGCCAGGCGCUUGGAAGAAUGAUAGCAUUGAAUCAAACCAGAACAAUUCGGGUUGGGGCGACCAGAAUCAAAAUUCGACUUCAAACGACAACAACAGCUGGGGAGUCCAGAAUCAAAACUCGACUUCUAAUGAUAAUAACUCUGGAGGUAAGGGAAACUCAAAUCCAGCUGCGACUGCUACAACCGACAAUAACAAUUCGACAGGCAGCUGGGGAGGAAAUCAAGACUCGAAUUCGAAUAACAAUAAUAACGGGUCCUGGGGCAAUCAGAAUUCAACUUCCAAUGACAACUCUGGAGGUAAGGAGAAUCCGGACCUAGCUGCGAGUACGACAACCGACAAUAACAAUUCGGCAGGCGGCUGGGGAUCAAAUCAGAACUCUAACCCCAAUGAUAACAACUCUGGAGGUAAGGGAGACCCAGAUCCAGCUGCUGCUGCAACCGACAAUAACAGCUCUACAGGCGGCUGGGGAGGCGACCAAAACUCGAGCUCUAACAACAACAAUAACGACUCCUGGGGCCAUCAGAAUUCAAGUUCCAACGACAAUAAUAACAACAACAACUCUUGGGGCAACCAGAACUCCGGCUCAAAUGAUAAUAACAACAGUUCUUGGGGCAACAACCAGAACUCGAGCUCCAAUGAUAAUAACAACAACUCGUGGGGAAACCACGACUCGGGUUCUAACGAUAACAACAACAACAACAGCUCUUGGGGGAAUCAAAACUCGGGCUCCAAUGAUAACAAUAGUUCUGGGGGCAAUCAAUAUUCUAAUUCAAAUAAUAACAACAACUCCUGGGGCAGCCAGAACUCGAAUUCGAAUAAUAAUGGCUCGUGGGGAAAUCAAAAUUUGAACUCCAACAACAAUAAUUUCUGGGGCAAUCAAAGCUCGAAUGCGAAUGCGAAUGACAAUAACAACUCCUCCUCUAACAACAAUUCUUGGGGCAACGGAAAUCAACGAAUCAAACCCUGGGAGAAUAACGGAGGAAACAAUCAGUCAAACGAUUCGGCUCCGGGCUGGCAAACCUCCCGUGGAAAUAAUUCUUCCAGUGGAGCACACAACAACUCCGACGACACAUGGGGAGCACCGGCCAAUCCUGCGCCGUGGGGUGAUAUGUCUGCCGCCCAGAGCAGAAGUGGCAAUGAGAAUAAUAACCCUGGAAACUCUGGGGGGCAAAACAACGGCGGAUGGAACAACAACGGGGGUAAUGGAUCCGGAGGAAAUAAUGGUUGGGGUGGAGGGAACUCGGGCGCGGCAUGGGGAACAGAAACUGCACUCUCUGGAGGAAGCUGGGCUGAUGGGGGCAUUGGACCGACCGGGUCAUCUAAGGUUAAUGGCUCCGGCUGGUGA